UUGCCAUUGUUUCAUUAUUCCUGAUGAAGUGCAGGGUAAAACUGCAGUUUAGAGUCAGAUGCUGCUGAUAAUGAAUAUGGGCCUUUUGAUGUGAAAGAAGAUGAAAAGAAACUGAGAUGUGUUGAUUUAUGUUUUGCCAUCUCUCAGGACCACAGAGGUCUGGCACGGGCUGCUUGCUUCCUCCUAAGCCCCUAUUCCGACAACGAACGCUACCUUACUGCUCCUGAAGUUGGGAUAUCAGACACACCAUAGAGGUGCAAAGAAGAUUUUAUUGCACGGCAUUAAAAUGAAUCAUUUCCAUCUCCCACUUUUCGCAGCACUUUUGAGCUCUGUUUUGUGCCAGUAUUAUGACUACGGAGCUUAUUAUGACCAUCCAUCACCGGUGCUAGGACCCUCUGGACCAAACUGCCCACAGGAAUGUAACUGUCCAGUCAGUUUCCCAAGUGCCAUGUAUUGUGACAACCGCAAAUUAAAGUACAUACCAAUUGUGCCUUCAGGAAUCAAGUACCUUUACCUACAAAACAAUCAAAUUGAUUCAAUUAAGAGUGGCAUUUUUGAUAAUGCAACAGAGUUAUCUUGGCUUAUCCUUGACAACAAUCAGAUUGUUAACAGCAAUAUAGGGAAAAACACAUUUUCCAAGUUAAAAUCUUUGCAAAAACUAUAUAUCAGCUACAACAACCUAACAGAGCCUGUUGGACCUCUCCCCAAAACAAUGAAUGAGCUUAAAAUCGUUGGCAACAAGCUUUCAAAGUUCCCCUCCAGCCUCUUAGAUGGACUGGAGAACCUCACAGCUAUUCACCUUCAGGAAAAUCAGUUGAAGGAUGAUGCCAUCGCAGGAGCUUUUAAGGGAGUCAAAUCCCUCGCAUACUUGGACCUAAGCCACAAUAAAAUUAAAAGACUGCCUAUGGACCUGCCAAGCUCACUAGAGAUGUUCUAUAUUGAUCACAACAAUGUCACCAGCAUUCCCAGUGGUUACUUCCAGAAGUUUCCAAAAUUGCAGUAUCUCAGAAUCUCCCACAAUCAGCUGGUUGAUUCUGGCAUCCCACAAAAUGUCUUUAACAUCUCAUCUCUCAUCGAACUGGACCUGUCAUUCAAUAAGCUUCAGUCUGUCCCAGCCAUAAAUGAGAACUUGGAAAAUCUUUAUGUGCAGGUUAACAACAUCAACAAGAUUGAUUUGUCAAGCUUCUGCAAGAUUACUGGGCCUCUAAACUACUCUAGACUGAGACAUCUGCGUCUGGAUGGGAACAAUCUGACAAGGAACAACCUGCCAGUGGACAUGGCCAACUGUCUGCGCCAAGCCAGUGAAGUCAUACUUGACUAAUGGCUUCUUUAAACUUUUACCUUACUUUAUAAAGCCAUUUUUCAAUGUUAAACCUUGUCAAGGUCUUUCCGCUGAGCUACAUCUCUUAUAUUAACAACAGAAUUGACCUAAAAUGUCUAUAUCCAAGGCUUUGAACAAUGUUUGAGAUCUUAACUUGGUUUCAUUGUUGCAGCAUUGGACAGCCUGUAUUUAGUACUGUCAUGUCUUAUACUUUACUAAAUGCUUGAAUUUAAAAAAACAAAACUUGAGGCCUCCUUCAUUCUCUUUCUGAGUUCUAUGCAGUAGUCCUUCACUUCCAGAAAGCUAGCGCUGAGAAAUUCCACAGUCAGCCUCUGAAAAUUGCAAAAUUAAUGACAAAUAAAUACAUAAACUAAGCGUUAAAUUCUCCAGUCAGAUAACAAAUAAUACACUUGUACACUCAAGCAAAGUUCAAAGCUUUUGAGAAAAUAAUAAUAAUUUCUUGAUUUAACAGUACUUACUAACAGGUUAAUGCCUGAGCUGAUAGUAAUUUCAUGAUAGUAAUACGAUAGUAAUAUCCUGAUCCACCAGGAUGAGGAUUUGCAUGAACCUUUUUUCCUAUCUUUUGGUAGAAACACACAUUGGGAUAACCUGUAUUAUCAAAGAGCUACUGAACAUAAUAUUAAUUUCAUAUUAGCAUAUUAUAUAGUAUGCUUUCAAAAGUAUUGUGUUUGUUGUUGCUUCAUUCCCAUUUUUCUUUUGUAAGAUUGUCUUUUAUUUACAUAGAAAAGCUUUAGAACACAUACUAAUAGCUGUGAUUAUCUAGUGCUGCAGGGAGAAAAGUCAAAUGAUAAAUAAUUAAUAGAUGGCAUUAAACACAAGCCAAUAUAAUCACAACAAAUUCUGAAAGGCAUUGAGCAACCUUCCUGUAUAGAAAAUAAAACUAUUUUGUGGACCGUGAAAUGUAAAUGUUGGUCUUUCAAAGCAUUAGCUAAAAUCACUAUGGUGUUGGUAUCUGAUGCCUCUAGAUGAAUGUAGCAAAAUGAAAUGUAUGUUUUUAUGUCUUCUGGGCAAUGGGAAAAUAACAGCUGAACACUGAAUAAAUGCGAUGUGUAAAAAUACUCAGACUUUUACUGAUUUUGGAGUUGUGUCACGUUGCAGUUCAAUCAUAGCUGACAAAUUCUCAUAAGCAGAUUUCCGUUCAUUUAUAUCAUGUAAACAUUUAUGCAACAUUUUCCAUUACUUGCAUGCAUCUCAUGAUAACGUUUUAAAAAAAUAAUAAAACAGCAAUUUAA